AAAACAGCUUUAGACUUUUUCUCUAAUGUAUUUGAUGAACUAUUCGGCAUGUAAGCUCUGUCUUAAUGCCUUUCAGGUUAUUGUAAGAAAUGUACCACAUGAAUCUGGGCGUUCUAUUUCAGACAGUGUAGAAAGCUAUUUUAAGAGGAACCACCCAAAUCACUAUCUUUGCCACCAGGCUGUCUAUAAUGCAAAUAAGUUUGCCAAACUUGUAAGGAAAAGAAAUAGGCUUAUAAAUUGGCUGGAUUAUAACCAACUUAAGCUUGAUAUGAAUCCAGACAAGAGGCCAACCACUAAGAUUGGCUUCCUUGGACUUUGGGGCAAAAAGGUUGAUUCCAUUGAGUAUUAUAAGCACCAGGUUGAAGAGAUUGAUAAAGCGUUGACAAUGGAGAGGGGGAAGAUUCUUAAGGAUCCUCAAUCUAUCAUCCCAGCUGCUUUUGUAUCAUUCAGUUCAAGAUGGGGGGCAGCCGUGUGUGCACAGACUCAACAAAGCAAGAACCCCACCCUAUGGUUGACAGAUCCGGCACCUGAACCCCGGGAUGUGUAUUGGAAAAAUCUAUCAAUAUCGUUUGUUUCACUAAGCAUCCGAAGAUUGGUGAUAGGAGUAUCAUUGUUUGCUUUGGUCUUCUUCUAUAUGAUACCUAUUGCCUUCGUGCAAUCACUUGCAAAUUUGGAAGGCCUAGAAAAAGUUGCUCCUUUCCUCAAGCCACUAAUUGAAUGGAAGGUGAUAAAGUCAUUCUUACAAGGUUUCCUUCCUGGUUUAGCUCUGAAAAUUUUCAUGUUUGUUCUUCCAACCAUCCUUAUGAUUAUGUCAAAAAUUGAGGGGCAUGUGGCAUUAUCAGUGCUUGAAAGGAGAGCUGCAGCUAAAUAUUAUUAUUUCAUGCUGGUCAAUGUGUUUUUGGGAAGUAUUAUCGCUGGAACGGCAUUCCAGCAACUCCAUGCUUUCCUUCACCAAUCAGCUGCACAAAUACCGAGAAACAUUGGAGUGUCAAUACCUAUGAAAGCCACUUUCUUUAUUACAUAUAUAAUGGUUGAUGGGUGGGCCGGCAUUGCUUGUGAAAUCCUUCGCUUAAAGCCAUUGGUGAUUUUUCAUCUCAAGAGCAUGUUCUUUGUGAAAACUGAAAGGGAUAGGGCAAAGGCAGCAGAACCCGGGAGCAUUGACUUUCCGGAAACUCUUCCGACUCUUCAACUCUACUUUCUUCUGGGCAUUGUCUACGCUGUGGUUACACCCAUCCUUCUCCCUUUCAUACUCGUCUUCUUUGCCUUUGCAUAUCUCGUUUAUCGUCAUCAGGUAAUCAAUGUAUACAACCAAAGGUAUGAGAGUGCCGCUGCAUUUUGGCCUCAUGUUCAUGGUCGCAUAAUAGCAAGCUUACUAAUUUCCCAAAUGCUUCUGUUGGGUCUGUUGAGCACCAAAAAAGCUGCAAAUUCAACUCCUCUUCUUGUUGUGUUGCCAAUUUUGACCUUAACAUUCCAUAAAUAUUGCAAGAACAGAUUUGAACCGGCAUUCAAAAGGUAUCCACUUGAGGAAGCUGUGGACAAAGACAUGCAAGACCACCCGGAAACCAGCGUCGACUUGAAAGCUUUAUUGGCAGAUGCAUAUCUGCACCCGAUCUUCAGCUCGUUCGAGGACGUUGACUUGGUCAAGGUCAAAGUCGACAAGAAGCAGGAGGCUGAGAUCCUUCCAAGUCCGGAAACUGACCCCACGUCUCCCUCUCAUAUCCAUGAAGAAGACGAGGGAGUGCAACGCUACGAGGCGGGCCCGCCACCUAGGGAUAUCUACUACCUCUCUGAAAAUCAGCCUUCUCAAUCUGGGUACAUGUGUCAUUAUGAUGAUGUGGAGUCACAUUAUCAUGGAUACCAUCAUCAUCAUCAUCAUCAUUAUGGUUAUUGAAAUGAAUGAUGUAGUUUAGU